AGUUUCUGUUGUAUCCUUGCAGCUCGCUGAUGUUUGCGUGCGACCCUGGAAACAGCUCUCUUCAAAUCAAGCUCUUUUACCUGUAGAACCUGCGGAACAGAGAAGCAACACUAGUACUAGUAGGCAGUUAUCGUAGCAUAUCUAACCGUGUGUCGAACGUUACCCUAUUCGCAUCCACAAUGUCCUGGAGAGCGCGUUUUACGCCUUGCGUGGGCUCCCUCACGGUGUGGCUCAACCCAAAGGACCCCAAUUGCUUCGGCGUGCGCAAUUGGUGGCGCAACAACUUGCCAGAGCUGCAGCUUCUGAACCCGUUCUGCACCUUCACGGUGCAGGAGCUCUCGUUUGGCGAGCCGCACAUGUACGUGAACUACACCCCGACCGAUCAACGCAUGAUCCGCCUCGCUGGUGCGACGGAGGAGGAGUGCGAGGAGAUUAUGGAGGCGUGCAUCACCUACGGAAUGAAUCACGCCAUCAUCGAGCGCCCGCGCACGGACGACGGCGGCGAUUUGAUCAACCAACCCGCCAUCACGUCGUUCGGCUACACGGAAAGCUUCACAGCGAAGUUAGAGGUGGCGCCUCCAGCGGAUAUCGGCCAGAAGACUCCGGAGGGCGUGGACGAUCCGGGCCAAAUGCCUCGUUUGUACCCUAGAAACGUCGGUUGCAAGCUGAUGCCGUAG